AUGGGGACCGAGGGUCAUGAUGCGGAGGCGGGAGUGUGGACGGCGAGGUUCUCUCAGGAGCCGGCAGACCAGUCGGUGGUGCGGGGCCAGAGGGUGAUCCUGUCCUGUGUUGUCUUCAACUACUCAGGCAUUGUUCAGUGGACCAAAGAUGGCUUGGCUCUGGGUAUCGGAGAAGACCUCCGGGCUUGGCCCAGGUACCGCGUGCUGCGAGUGCAGGAGCUGGGCCAGUACAACCUGGAGAUCCUGUCAGCUGACCUGUCUGAUGACUCGCUGUACGAGUGCCAGGCCCCUGAUGCUGCCCUGAGGUCCAGGAGGGCAAAACUCACCGUCCUCAUCCCCCCAGAUAACCCGGUGAUCGAUGGGGGUCCAGAGGUGUUGCUGAAUGCGGGGGCGUCCUACAACCUGAGCUGUGUGUCUCGAGGGGCCAAACCGCCUUCUAUGAUCGAGUGGCUUAAAGAUGGGCUGCCUGUAGAGGGGGCUGCCAGCACCACUGAGGUGCUUCCAGACAGGAAGAGGGUGACCACACGCAGCUACCUGCCCAUCCAGCCUGUGGACACCGACACUGGGAGGAACUACAGCUGCGUGGCCACCAACCUGGCUGUUCCCACGGGCAAAAUCACAACCGUGUCCCUCAACGUACACCAUCCACCGUCAGUGACCUUGUCCAUCGAGCCUCGCUCUGUCCUGGAGGGGGACAGAGUCACCUUCACCUGCCAGGCCCACGCCAACCCUCCUAUUAUGGGCUACAGAGCUUUUAUUUUGUUAAUCCCUUCACAGUUUUUAAGCAGAUUCCUCUUGUUUCUAUUUGUUUAUACUUUCUCCACUCCCCCACAGGUUCUGAGUAACAGCAACCAGCUGUUUCUGAAGUCAGUGAGCCAAGCGGAUGCCGGCCAGUACGUAUGUAAAGCCAUCGUCCCACGGAUUGGAGUAGGAGAGACUGAGGUCACGCUCACUGUCAACGGCCCCCCCAUCAUCUCCAGUGAGUCAGUCCAGUAUGCAGUGAAAGGGGAGAGAGGAGAGGUGAAAUGCUACAUAGCCAGUACACCUCCGCCAGAUAAGAUUGUGUGGGCGUGGAAGGAGAACGUGUGGGAGAAGGAGAAGGGGACGCUGCUGGAGAGGUACACGGUGGAGCAGAGCAAGUCCUCAGCCGAGGGAGGAGGCGUCCUCUCCACCCUCACCAUCAACAACGUGAUGGAGUCCGACUUCCUGUCCACCUACAACUGCACCGCCUGGAACUCCUUCGGCCCCGGCACCAUGAUCAUCUCACUGGAGGAGACCGAGGAAGUCCCAGUGGGGAUAAUAGCCGGUGGGACGGUGGGCUCCACCAUCCUCCUCUUCAUCUUUCUGCUGGUCCUCGUUCUGAUCUUCUACCGGCAACGCAAAGGCAGUCGCCGCGGGGUCACGCUGGGUAAGCCCGACAUCAAGGUGGAGACGAUCAACAAGGAGACCCACAGCCUGGAGGAGGACUCCGGCAGCGUGUCCACGGCUUCGCGCAUGGUCAAGGCCAUGUACUCGCCCUUUAAAGAUGACAUAGAGCUCAAGUCUGACCUCCGCAGCGACACCUUGGAAACCCGCCAGGAAUAUGACCUCAAGGACCCCACCAAUGGCUACUACAACGUGCGGGCCUCCACCCACGAUGAAGGCCGCCCUGCCUCGCGCUCCACCCUGCACUAUUCUGACUACCGCUCCCCCACAGGGACCCCAGGGGGUGCCGCCUCCAUCAGCAGCAGUGCAGGAGGCUCAGGAGCCACGGCCAGCGGAGGGGGCCCCGGUCCCCCCGGCCCCCUCACCUCCCCUGGCCGCCCACAGGCUUGCUAUGACCCCAGACCCCCCUCUAGACUCUCACACAUCAGCUACGCCCAGUUCAACACCUUCACCCGCGCGGGCCAGAUUCAGCAGCCCCAGCCAAACCCCCCCCCCAUGGCCAGCGACUUCCCGGGAGAAUGCAGCCUCCUGGACUCCACCUCCCAGCUGGCCUACGACAACUACGGAUACCCGUCGCAUUACCAGACCUACCGCAUGGGUUUCGCCCCGUCCAGCCUAGCCCCUCUGGAGGCCUGCCCCUCCUACGAGAUGUACGGGGUGGGGGCCGGGGUGGACUGGGCUGGGGUGGGACCUGGGGUGGGAUCCGGGGUUGGCAGCCCUGUUGUGGGCGUGGGUCCCCCGGGCCCUGCCCCCUCGGGAUCAGAGCCUGGACUCGGAAAGUACGGCAGCUCCACCCGCUUCUCCUACACCUCCCAACAAUCUGACUACUCCCACAGCCGGCACACACAGAGGAUGCAGACUCACGUGUGAGACAGAGAACACCCUCACCGUCUGAGCAGAGCAUCUUAUAAAUAGUGUCACAUCUAAAAAACACGACAGACAAUCAUAGAUUUACACGCACAUAUUUUCACACAGAAACUGAAAAACAUCACACACACCCACAUGCACAGUCUGGAGACUGUGCCCAUGAGACAGGGAGAGACAGGGAGAAAAAAAGACGAGUGGAAAAGUAGUUUAGUGAGACAGGGAAGAGAAAUUCCACACAAUUUUGAAUUCCCUCACUCCCAAUGUGUUUGUAUAUCUGAGCUCUGAAAGAGCGGACGGCGCAAGUCACAAUCAAGACUGAGAAAGAGAACAAGAACCAGAGAGAGGACGAGAGAUCACAGAUCUACGGAGCCCUAUAGCUUUUGCUCUGAACUGACUUUGUAAAUGAUGAGAGAGAACGUCUUUAGGCUAAACGGACUGACUGUCAAAUAUGGAACACGCUGAUUGGGUAAAACCUCAACCAGUGGAAGUUAUUUCUGGCCUCCAUUUUUUCAUUUUGUUUUGCUGGUUGUCUUAUUCGGUGAUCAUAGAGCACAUACAGUAUAAAUAUAGUAUCCCAGAAUGCCCUUUUGUACAGUGGUACAUGCCAUUAUGCCCGUUAGGCGGCAUGUGUUGGGGCUGGGGGGGGGGUUGGGAGGGUUGUCAUCAUUUUGCACUGCAUCUACAGUAUUCAUGCUUAGACGUCCCUUAUCUAUAUCUGUGUAAUGUCUUCUUUUUAUUUGCACACCAGACUAGAGCUUUGUAUUCUAUUUUUUAACAUUACAGAAUUAUUUUUGUCAAUGUAAAACAUGUAUUGUGUAUGUAUGGACCAAAAGUUUUGAGCGUGAGCCCACUUAAAGAAAACGGGCCGGGUGAUUCCACUGAGACAGGAAGAAGAGUUGUGUCAACAGCGGAGCCUGAAUUCAGAACGUGUUUCACAUCAGAAGGGUGUAUCAGUGUAUAAAGGAAACCCUAGUGCCAAGUGUUCAUGUUGUUAUUCACCUUAAACCAUGUAUAUGCAGUAGAAGCUCCUUCUAUUGGUGACUGUUGCUUUAUAAACCAGGCUCGGGGCCUUGAGUCAUUCUCCGACAUUUUCGUAGGCUGGAGCCUUUUUCCUCUGAGCUCCUCACUACAAGCUCGGUGCAGACAGAGAGAAAAACACAGAUGUUGGGUUUAGAACUGAGUGGCCUUAUAGGGGAACAUGUCGUACAUUUCCAUUUUUAAUCAUUCCUCAUCGUCUGUCUGCCAAAAAAACGGCCGGAGGAGAAUGUGUAAGGAGAGGUUCAAUGAAGGCUUGUCCACAAUAUUGACAUGUAGUAGAGUAUGACUGUGAGUGUGUGUGUGGGUGUGUGAGUGUGUGAGAGAGAGAUCAAGAGGGAGUGUUUGGGCACUGGCACGCACAUCGAUUUGUACAGUGUGUUUGUAUAGAUGAGUGAAUGACGGCGUGUGUAUGGGAAGCAUACUGUAAACAUGCAGCACACGACUCCAGUGCGCGCGACUAUUGUAUGCAUGUCCGUGUGUAUACAGUAUGUGUGUGUGUAUGUCGGUGUCAAAGUGUGUGUGUGUGUGUGUGUGUGUGUGUGUGUGUGUGUGUGUGUGUGUGUGUGUGUGUGUGCUUCAGUAUAUGUCCAUAUCAUUUCUCUCACAAUCCUGUCACAGUACUUUUAUACCUCUGGUAGGACUGUAUCCUGUAUUAUUGUGUCUUUGAAUUUAGAAAAUCCAAUGUUUAUCUUAUUGUACUGUUCUUCGUAGCAGAGACAACUGUUCAAAAGAUGUACAACGAACGUUAUCAAACUCUCAUUUUUUAAUUUUCAAUAUUUUUUAAAAAUGGUAUGUAAUUAUUUUUCCACAGUAUUACAUAAAUAA